AUGAUGGCGGCGGCCGCACGCCGGUUUAGCACGAUAGUAAACACCAUCACCGCUUGUAAAAACGGCGCAGGCGUUCAUGUGAGCACAGCCCAAUCGCCAAAAUGGAAAAUCUCCAUGCGGCAGGUUGUUACAGGGCUUUGCAUCGCGGUAGGAGGAAUAGCUGUGUGUCAAAAAUGCCGCGUGAAAGAAGCUCACACAACGAGGAUGUCGCACCCACUCCCGGUUGUGUUUGCUAGAGAAAAGACCAAGAUAUCUGCUGAUGAAGAAGACAUUGCCAUGUCAGCUCAUGAGCACAGGUUUCGUCUGUUUAGUUCAGUGGAGUAUGAAGGGCAGCUUUACAUGACACCACUGGACUUCAUUGAGUCGGUUACCAUGAGUGAGCCAAAGAAAAAAAGAUUUUGGCGAGCCCUGACAAAACAGGAAUUAGACAAGAUUCUCUCAGAUACACCUCCUGUUUGGAAAGGGUCAUCCAGGCUGUUCAGGAACUUAAAUGAAAAAGGAAUAAUCUCGUAUACAGAAUAUCUAUUUCUUCUUUGCAUCUUGACAAAGCCUCAGGCAGGAUUUAAGAUAGCUUUCAACAUGUUUGAUGCGGAUGGCAAUGAAAUGGUGGAUAAAAGGGAGUUUAUGGUGCUCGAGGAAAUAUUUCGUAAGAAAAAUGACAAAAAAGAUAGAGGUGGAGAGACUGACAGCUCAUCACAACUGAAUGUGGAACUGUAUGGAUUUCAAGGUUCUGUCAACCAUCCUGUUCUUAAAAAAGAGCAACAAAACUUUGAACUGAGAAGCUUCUGGGAUGUGCUGAAGCAUGGUGCAAGAGUAGUCCUCUUUUCAGAUCUGGUGGAGCAUGUACAAGAGAACAUUGCUGACACAACUCUGUUGGUGCAUUUCUUUGGAAAAAAGGGAAAAACUGAACUGAACUUUGAGGAUUUCUACAGAUUCAUGGACAACCUGCAGACAGAGGUACUUGAGAUUGAGUUCCUUGCCUAUUCUAAAGGUAUGACCACCAUCAGCGAGGAGGACUUUGCUCGGAUUCUUCUGCGAUACACCACGGUGGACAACAUCAGCAGCUAUCUGGAGAAUGUGCAUCAGAGCAUACCUGAUGAGAAGGGAAUCACUUUUGAGGAGUUCAGGUCAUUCUUUCAGUUCCUCAAUAACUUAGAAGACUUUGCCAUCGCCAUGCAAAUGUACAACUAUGCAAGUCGGCCAAUUGGACAAGAUGAGUUUGCACGUGCAGUAUACGUUGCCACCGGAUUAAAACUCUCCCAACACCUUGUGAAAACAGUCUUCAGGAUUUUUGAUGUGGAUCAUGAUGACCAACUUAGCUACAAGGAGUUCAUUGGCAUAAUGAAGGACCGCCUGCAUCGAGGCUCCUGGGGAUAUCGAGGAGAGGAGAGGUUCACCUCCUUUAAGGCCUGUAUGAAGAAAGAGCUGUCUGGAAAAUAAUUUUGGCAAAAAGGCAAAUACUGUACAGUAUAUAGCCUUAAUAUUACCUUUAUAACAUUUAUUGUUAUUAUCAUUUUAACUAUUUAUAGCUAUUCUCAGUGAAAUUAGUAAUAUUGUCUUUUUUUCCCACAAAAUACACAGGAUGAAAGCACAGUGCAUUUGACCAAGGCUUUGCCUAGCAUUAUAUUACUUUGUAAUAUUAAUGCACUGGUCAGUUAACAGAUACUAGAUACCAGCCAGACUCAGGGGAACUGUUAAAGCAAGGUAUUAAUAUAAAGUUAGGAUUUAGAAAGAAAUUAGUUUCUGUCUUUGCAUAUUGACAUUAAUUGCAGGAUGUUAGCUGUAACAUUAGAAACUGUGUAAUUUAAAUUUUACUAUAGCUAGUUACCAAUAAGAUUAAAAUUAGACUAUAUCUAGUUACCAUUAUGUAAUAUUAAUGGCUGUAAAUACUUAUAUGUAAAGUAGUAAAAUUCCUUGUGUAUCGUUCCUUUCAGAGCAAUAGCCAUAAGACUAAAACCUACACUCAGAGUACCUUUACAGUAUAUGAUAAGCCAUUGAAUCGGAUUAUGCUUAGUACCUCCAGGAAUUAUACCUUUCCACUGACAUGCUUGCAGAGCCCUUUAACAUCUAAUGGGAACAAAAUCAAACAUAUAAAUUAUACAUACUUUGAUUUGGAAAAAAAAAUGGAAAGAUUUUCAAAUAUUUUAUACGUUUUAUAACUUAAGUUUCACCUAUACAGUAUUUUUCUCUUGAAGCCUUAUGCAGCAAUGCACUAUGCCUUCACUAAACAACCAAGACAAAUUCAUAGUGGGUUUAUGACUAUAUUUUUCUAUGUAGUCUUUAAUAUUAUGUGAGGACUUAUUAAAUUUAUAUUAAAAUUCUUUUCAACUAUUUUCUGAAGUUAACAUUUAUGAUGAUGUGUAAUAUUUUAAAAAUCUUUAAAGGUAUGAUCUACAAAGGUAAAAUUUCAGAUGCAUUUAAUACUUCAAUGACAAUGCAUAGCCCUAUCUGAAUGUAUUUUGUAUGAGCGUCUAAUAUACGCCCUGACUCAUCAUGACCUUAAUAUUAUAAUCUCCCAUACACAUACAAGCUUAUCCUUCUGUGCAUUUGAAUAUAGUUAGUUUUUGUAAGCCAUCCUCAGCAAAAUACCUAUUCUUCUAGCCAGAACCACAUGUUCAAUCAGGAUUGCUCAGAGAUCAUUUUACAAACUUCUAUUAUCAGGUUAUAUUUAAAUCGUCAGGACAGUGUCCCAAUCCUCGUGGAGGUGGCAACUCCAAAUGAUGAAAUCAACAGAUAUAUUUUUAAAAGCUAACCAGCACUGAUAUAUCUGUAUUAGCCUAUGUCUCUCUUUUGUAAAGUGGGGCUCUCU